UUCUUUCCUUAGUUUAAUUAAAUUUUUAUAAGGUGUUGUCACAAAUGUUAAAUGGUAAUAUCAUCCAACUGAUUCAGUUUACAGAGCCAGCAAAACAAAAGAUGAUAGCAUUCCUCUUAAUUUUUUCCUAAAAGUGAUCAUUUACUUGUUUCUAAGGUACAACAGCACAUAUAAGAAAUAAAUAAGCAGGUACCAUACAAGAUGUUUAUACAGAUGCCAGGUAUUAUAGGAGAGUAGUUAGGACUAUUUUAGGCAUACUUUCAUUAAGGAAAUGCCACCAAUCCCACAAUUACAGUCAUCAAUAAAGACAGAGGAAGCAACUGAUGCAGAAACAUCCACACACUUCAAUUUGAGAACAACUCAUCUAUUGGCUUGUUGCAUAUUCACAAUGAUAAUGAACCACAAUAAUAUGAACAAACCACAAUGUUGAGUGUCAAUUAUUUACAAUUAUUACCUGUGUUUUAUUGUUUCCAUAUCUUAAACAUGUAAUUUAUAAUUUAUUAGGUAUUUAUUCUAUAAUAUUUAAAAGACAGAAGAGUGCUUUAUAUUCUCUAUCACAUGUCCUAGUACUUGGUUGACCAUUUAAAGUGUCUAAUUUUAUAGGACAUCACUUGAUGCAGAACUGUUAUAUUGAGACAUGCAAUAUUAAGUCAAUGGAAAACUGUGCCAGAGAGGAAAGAUGACCCCUUUGUCAUUAGAAACACAAAAGGAGAGAACAGUAGUAAAUAAGUAGAGAUACAGAUUUCAAUGUAAUUACACAAGCCACAUUUUUGUUAUUAUUUCUGUAAACCUUUAUGGAAAAGUCAGGAUGAAAUCAAGUGUACCGUUCAUUCUUUGUGCCAUUAAGUAAAGUCCACGGAAACAGUCUGGAAAAGAGUGGUUAAAUGCAAUGGGUACUAAUUACUUUUUCCCUUAGUUUUGUUUUUAAUUGUUGUUGUAAAAAGUGUGAUCUAUAAUGUGCCACUUGACGGAUGAAAAUGAUCUCUUUAUUCUUAUAACAUGCACUGAGGACACGUGCCAUUCCACUACCACUACUGACCACUACCAGCAUGAAUCAGAGGGGCACUGGCCCGGGUGUGCUGUCCCCGACUGAUUUCCAACAGAAAGCGUGGGCGUAAACUGGCUGAAUCAAGCCACAAGCACCACUGCCCGCUGCUUAGAGUAGAGAGGGGGACACAUUAUGGCUGUAAUAACCAAGGAGUCUCAGUCAAACCCAAUUCUCAUUGAUAAAUAAGGAAUGACAAUCACAGUAAUUUUUUCAGAUAAGCAGUGCAAACAUAGUAGCUUCACAGAGAAAUCAGAUCCACCUCUCUGUCAUUUGGCGUCGACGGUAGAGGAAGGCUUAAUUCUUAUGGAAACAGUGUUUUUUUACACACUUGUCUGCGUGGCCAUAUGUCAACUCAUUUAUUUCACAGACUGAACCUCUGCUUUGUGUUCCUGAACAUAUUUCAGGACACUUUGACCCUUACAAAUAUAUAUAACCGAAUAUCACUAUAUCCUCUUAACUACAUGUUCUUACUGAUGAAUUUCUGUACUCUCAAACUGUACUGAUCUAACGUAGGACGCGAUAAGCCAUUGGGUGCAUUUGUCAGGAGGAACAGGCAUCGUCUUAAAGGAGAGGACUACAGCAGCCUUUUCAUGCGGCACGUGUGCUUCUCUAUGUGCAUGGUGGCCCGGUCCGUUGAGUUCGUCAGGACGUCCAGAGCUUCAUCCUGCCGUUCCAGCUCCGUCUCGGCCUCCAGUGCGAGGUUCUUCAGCUGCCUCAGCAUCUGCUUGAGUUCCUGGGCCUCAGCCUGACUGACAGAUGGCUGGAGGACUUGCACCUGCAACUGGGACAGCUCUCCUGCUGGGACCUCCACUGGGAGCUCAGUCUCUUGGCACCUCUGCAGAAAACCUUCAUUCCAGUGUGUCCCUUCCAUGUCGCAUGGAGAUGAAAGUGGAGUUGCCUUAAAAGCUGUGUAUUCACUUGUGAAUUCUACCUUCUUUUUGUACUGCAUCUCUAGCACGGACAUCGCCUCUGGCAUCUUGGCAGAAAGGAGCCUGUAACACAUAUCUGGCUUCCCAAUGAAUCGCUGUCUAACCGUAAUCUCAUAGGGGCUGUGCACCCGGAUCUCAUCUAUUUCAUUCCGCUCAAAUCGGUGAAGGAGUAUGCAGUUUGUGUCUCGCACCUCCAGUGAGGAUACUAGUACCAGGAAACACCCAGGCUUCAAGUCAGAGUUUCCACCUUUGGACAAAACUGCUGGGAUGCUUACAAUAACUUUAGUUUUACUGGUGCCUCUGGCUGCAGAGGCGGCAGCUGCAGCUGCAGCUCUGGCAGCGUCUUCAGCUUUGGCCUCUUGCUGGGUCUUCCAGGGGAGCUUACCAAAAGGCCACCAGGGGGGAGACUCAAGUUCUGACAGAAGCUUAUCAGCCACGCCCAAAUCAGAGUCAAUUUUCUCCAGUCCUUGCAUCAUGUUGUCAAAUUGCUCUCCCUGGUGGCUGAGAACUCUACCAGUGUCCUCCAGUCUUUUCUGGGCACCUGCUACCAGGCUGAUCAGCUCUCUGCCCUUAGUGGGCUGAGACUCAGCCCGUCCAGUCUCUGAGUUGGGAGAAAGAAGACGCUCUCUCCAGAAAUGCUCCAUCACAUUAUAAACCACAACCCGGUUGGGCUUGAGGGAGCCAAACCAGUGCUUGACAUUGCCCAUUUCAAGCACAGUGAGGGUGCUGAAGAUGAAACUAGAUGCCUCCAUCUUAAUCUCCAUGAUCCGAGACAAACGGAAGCUGCAGAGGCUCUCCUUGCUUUGACUGGAGGUGAAGUACACCGUGGUUCUGGUGAGUGACAGGGUUCCAUUCUCCCAUCGCUUCUCGCCGUUGAUAUAGUAAGAACCUGGCCAGCUGUGGAUAGCAGUGUCCCGGCUCAUUCUGAGAGGAGAUGUACAGACUCACUUCAGUGUGAUCCAAAGAGCAGAUCAGCUCAAAUGAGGCAUUCAGAGAAGCAAAUCCUGACCUAAAUCAGCAUUAAAAGUGCGUCACUACACUUUGAUAGCCCUAAUAGAUGAUUUUACUUUAUUUUAACCAUAUCGUAAACAUUCCACAUUGCAUUUGUUGUGGAUACUAGACCGAGCGUUACGUUACCUCGUAGUCUUCUAAUAAACUGGUGUUUAUUACGGAAGUGAUGUAAACAUCCAGUACGGCUUUAUUUACUGUCCGACUGGAAAAUUCUGCAAGGCCAAGUAAUACAUGACAUUUUCAGGGGGAUAACAAUUGUUUUUGAUGACGUAGGCUUUUAAUUUAAGCAAAUUACGUAAAAUAUUACCUUUUGAAAUAAUAAUUUUAAAGUAAAGUAAGUAAGUAAAGCAAUACCCAGACAGAAGUAGCAGUGGUAUUAAAUGUGCAACGCUGAGGUCAUGCUCACUCAUGUGGCGACCUGUCGUAAUAAGACAAAGAAAGGCUUUCUCCUAAUAUAAAGGUUUAUGUUCUACCUAGACUACACUAUUUUACGAAAGCACAUAUGUGCCAAUGGAAAAUCUAUUUUGCAGUCAGUUUUUGUCUCAGUUCCCAGCUUUUCAAACCCUGACAGCUAAGGUCGCUAACUAGCCUUUCGAGGUAUUGUUUACCACCAUGGACCGAGACGCCUACCGCAACUGCAGCAGCCUGGUCAAAAUACCAAGGCAGUCAUAUGAACAGUUUUGGUCUUCGCAUUUUGUAGACUACAUCGACAAAGAGCUGAGCUAUUCUAAAUUUUUCAAGAAAUACCUACUGCCUAAUCACCCAUGUAUGUUUUCAAGAAGGUUCACAGAGGAAUGGAAGUGUAGAAAACAUUGGGUGACUGAAGAGGGGAAACCUCAUUUCCAGAAACUACUGCAAGAGUUUGAUGAGACUCCAGUCCCUGUUGCAAAUUGCAAUGCAAAAGAAUAUAAUGCUAACCCAAAACAAGUAAUACCAUUUAAAGAAUUUAUACUUUACUGGAAGGAAUAUAUCCAGAAUGGACACUCUUCACCCAAAGGAUGCCUCUAUCUUAAAGACUGGCACAUGUCAAGGGACUUCCCUGAACAUAACGUUUAUUCUACACCCAUCUUCUUCUCUUCUGAUUGGCUAAAUGAAUACUGGGAUACACUUGAGGUAGAUGAUUACCGGUUUGUGUAUAUGGGACCCAAAGGCUCAUGGACACCGUUCCACGCAGAUGUGUUCCGCUCCUACAGUUGGUCUGCAAACAUCUGUGGCAGGAAGAAAUGGCUCCUGUAUCCUCCAGGUCAGGAGGAUUUUUUAAGAGAUACUCAUGGCAACCUCCCUUAUGAUGUUACGUCAAGUGAGCUUCAAGACAGAGGCCUUUUCCCCCAUUUUGAAGAAGCCUGCCAGCCUCUAGAAAUCAUUCAAGAAGCAGGGGAAAUCAUUUUUGUGCCUAGCGGAUGGCACCAUCAAGUUUAUAAUCUGGAGGACACCAUCUCUAUUAAUCACAACUGGCUGAAUGGCUGCAACAUUGACAUCAUGUGGCAAUUCCUUCAGAAUGAGCUGUCAUCAGUUCAAAAAGAGAUAGACGAGUGGAGAAACACAAUGGAUUCAUGGCAUCAGCACUGCCAGGUCAUCAUGAAAGCCUGCUCUGGUAUCGAUUACAGGGAAUUUGCCUCUUUCUUGAAAAUUGUUGCCGAAAACCGGAUGGCUUUCCUGAAUGCCUGCUCCUCUGGUGAUGCCUCGGAAUACUCAAGGAAUCUGUCGGACACCUUGACCAUGCUUGGACCGUACCAUGCUGCCUUUGACCUACAAAGAGUGGCUCACAUUAUCGAAUGCCUCUUGUGCAAUGAAGAUUUUAAGCGGCUUGAUCAUUCGACACUGACUUUGCAGCCAGAAACUAUGUUACAGCAAAUCCGAGACACCAUACAGUCCACAAGGGGGCAACAUCUCCUUUAUCAAGAAUAACGUCCUUCUUGAUGUUUUCACCUGGAGUAACCUGAAUGGAAAGUGCCAACUCAUUUAGUGUGAAGUCCUUCGGCUUGGUUUCCGUCAUGUCUGUGUGUAUAUGAAGUGAGUUUUGCAUAUUUAUUAAAUAAUCAGAAAUACAUUUUAUUAUACAACUCUGAAAUAGCACUGCGAUAAAUAACACUUCAAAAUGUAACAUCUUCCUGUGCGCUUUUCCAGCUGUAAAGCAGUGACAGUGUAACAUUCCACACUCUGGGCUCUGUCAUUGAGAAAUCUGUCAUAAGGAAUGCAUGUCACUUUACAGGGAGCUGCAAAACAUCUUCCUCAGUUUGUUUACACAUCUUUAGGCCACCAGUCUGGCACAGAGGCCUCGAGUUGAACUAUAGUGUCGUCUGAAGAUUUGAGUGUUAGCACCUCUUUGGCAUGAGCCAUGCGGAUUAGGCUCAGACCCAGCUCCUCCACCCCUGCUCGGUGCUUCCCGGCUGGCUUGCCCGCCUGCGUCUGCAGCGCGGCUCCUUCCUGGAGGUCUUGGACUGGGGUUGACAGUCGCACUGGCAUGAGGCGUUUGCGAAUCACUCCAGUGUGAUGAGUCCUGGCUGUGAGCUCCUGGCCGAUAUAACAGCCCUUGCUAAAGCUGAUACCCUGCAUGUAGACGAGGUUUGACUCGAGUGGCAAUGCCACCCCAGGAGGAAGGUCCUUAACUCCUUCAGGAAGGCCUAUUGCAUAACGAUGUCUGUGAUAGUCCUCUAUGUCUCCUAUUUGACAAGAUGUAAUGAUAUCCAAGGCAUCAACUUGACUGUUCAACACCAGUCUCCAUCCCAUGCGUGGAGUACGCGGGUCAGAUUCCCAUACCAGAGCCUUUUCAGGGACAGAGAGCUCAGGUGUUUUGGGCUCUUGGUCCGAGUUGUUUUUCUGAGACAGCACCGCCCAUACAGAGAGCUCAGGACAGGGGAGAAUUUUGACCUGUCUGCGGAGCUUGUAAACCUUCAAGUGUCUUAGGAUUGAGUCCUUCAUAGUGCUGUCACAUUCCAGGAAAACACCACGUCCUUCUUCUGUUUCUUUCAGACUGUACAACAAGAUGUCAUACAGAGUCCUUCCUUGGACAUUGAGCAUAUGAGCGUACAUGGCCUCAUGCUCUGGCUCAUCCAGCAACCCCAUGUCGUUGGUUAUAAGCCCCUGAAGAAACGGACUCGUAUCUUGUCCUUGGAUCUUGAGCAGGGUCCUGUGUGCGAGUCGAUAGCACACGAACUGCUUUCUGACAUGUUCACUCGUGUCCUGGCUGUACCUCUUGACUGGGACGCCCGUUGCAGCUGAGCCACAGGAGAUAAGCUGAACUCUUAAGCCGGUGCUUUUUCUGGUGAAAACACCAAGCCCAGAGAACGCUCCCCGGACGAAGCACAAAACACCCAUGUUGUACAAUCAUAAACAAAUGUUAUGAAUUGUAAAAUUGUGGCUUACUCUUUCAACAACAACUGCAGAACGCUACAUAACCGAGGACAUGAUAACUUGUCCGCGAAGAGUGGGCUCCAUUUUGAUUACCCACAAUGCAUUGCUCGAUGACAGACGAUCACGUGAAAACUGUUUUGCAAAAACUAGAUGAACGUUUCCAUUCGUGAGAA